GAACGUCAGUUUGCUCCUUCCAAUUUGAUAUUGUUCUUGCUUCUUGCGUUUCACUUUUCCUUGUGUGCCUAUCUGGGAAUUCCAUCGAUGAAAAUUUUUUCUCGCAAAUAAUUUUUACUGUAAUAGCCAAAUUUCUUGUUAUCUUCGCGAAAACAGACAACGGAUAAAGCAUUAAACGGAUAGCGCAAUACAAACUGUAGCGCACGCUAUAACAAUGUCUAGCAAAGGACAGGACACAGUCGACAGCUGGGAAGAAAUCGACGAAGAUCGGUUGGCUUCCCGGUUGAGUAAAUUAUCUAGUGAUGAUACCGUGCGGUCUGGUGAACUAUUAACACCGAAUGUAGCUAGCGGGAACGGAAAAGCAGGAUCAUCCGCAAACAGUUUAUCUGGGAUGCUGGACGAAGAACUUCGUCCACGAAUGAUACUGCAAAGACCUCAGAUGCAAAUAUUAAAGCGACCACAAUCUAUUGUGCAGGAGGAAAAUGUAACCAUUGAUUCUAAGCCCAAGACCAAUAUUAAGUCGUUGGAUCAACGUAAACAAGAGUAUGCAAAAGCACGUUUGCGUAUUCUUGGUUCGGCCCACGAUGAAGAGGAACAACAGCAGAAACAGCCGGUAGAAUUAUCUAAAAAAAGCAACACAAAUGUAAACGGUUUGCGAAUAAAUAACAAUAGUUCUGGUAAUAGCAAUGUCGGUGGAACUGUGAGACCCGACCGUCCACAAAGCUCGUUUCGACCUGUGCCAGGCAACUUUCAUAUGCCGCUGCAUCCCGGUGCCUAUUACCAACCACAUUCUGCUGUCACUAGGUGUCAGCUUCCGCCAGAACCACCGAGUAACCAUCACUAUUAUCAGCAUCAAGGGCCGCCUCCUCAACCUGGUGGAUAUGCCUUUCCACAUCACCACCAACAGCUACAACAGCAGGCUCAUCAGCAUCAAAAGCAGCUGAUGUCAUUUGUUGGCAUGUCCCCACAAUCUUCUGGUCCUGCUAGUAGCUAUCAUCAACAAAUGGCUGGAUACAAUGCCCUCGGAGGAAUUAGUAGCAAUAACAAUGUUCUGAGAAUGCCUGCUGGCCCGGACGGCUCUCAUGGAUUCACAAUGCGGCGGUAGCUAGAUUACUAAAAUGGGAUGCGUAAUAAUAAAAUAUACCUUCAUUUACUGACUUUUCCUCAA